ACGAUCUUUUGUGCGACAUGUACGCUAGGCCACUUGUAGCGCCAGCUGUUUGCCACGUGGGAAUGCGACGUGGCAUAUGGCACAUGCCGCCAUGAUCUUACACAUGGCGACAUGUGAAACGCCAUGUGUAAAUCCAUUGCGCCAGCUGUUUGCCACGUGGCAUUACGUGUAACGUCGUGUUUGUGUCAGAUAGACGUACGCAACGCCGCGUGUCAUGAGCUGAACACGAAGGAGAUUUUGCUCUUGACGAUUCCUCCUCCUCCCCCUCCUCUUGUUGUUCUGCUUUCGCCAACUAGAGGAACCUAUGAGGUUGUGGAGGAAGCGUAUUCCCAAGAGAAGAAGUUGCAGAGACAGCCUAGAGGACUCGACAAACUUUCGACGGCGACAAGGGAAGCUUUCAACUCGUUGCAGCCAGGGCCAUGGGAUCGUCAAGUACGAGAGGAGUUGGUUCGGGAAGUCAAUCAGUUUGCAGCAUAUGUUUUUCCUGGUUCUUCUGUUGUUCCGUUUGGAUCGUACCGGAUGGACAUGUACAGCUGGGAUGGAGAUCUUGACCUCUCCCUCGACGUACCCUCAUCUUAUUUGCGCCAAGGCCUGCAAGUCAUUGCUAAUGAUCCUUCGUAUGGAUUGGAAAUCUCCCGCGAGGACAAGUUAACCGUUCUACGAAAGCUCGCGCGAUACUUGCGAAAUUAUGAAAGCUCAUCGAAAAGUGUGCGUGCUGUGAAUUUGGUCAGCAGGGCAGUAAUUCCAGUGCUGAAAUUUGUCGAUUCCAAGAGCGGUGUGGAGUGCGAUAUAUCCGUUGGGAAUAGGGAUGGCGUUUUCAAAUCCGCACUGAUCGGCAUGAUCGGGACAAUCGACAUCCGGUUCAAACAGCUAACCUUCUUGGUUAAGGCAUGGGCCAGAAAAAACAAGAUAAACGAUGCGAAGAAUGGCAGCUUGAACUCUCUGGCUUGGAUACUGCUUGUCGCGUUUCACUUGCAGACGAGAGAUCCGCCAAUUCUGCCUCCUUUCUCGUGCAUCCUUCAUGGCUCAAAAGCUGCAGAUGAAGGAGAUGGUCCACAGGGGCUGGUAUGCACUCCAGAUGAUCAGACGCUCGCCAAGUGUCAACGGCGAAUUCAGCAGUAUAUCUCCUCUGGAUAUGGCCAAGACAACACUGAAUUGCUUGCUGAGCUUCUGGCAUCCUUCUUCACCAAGCUCUCCGCUGCUUCGAACCUUUGGCACAAGGGAUUGUGUGCGAGCACCUAUCAUGGCCGAUGGAUAAUCAAAACGUCAUUCCCGAAAGAGAACAACGAGACUUUCAUGGCGGUGGAGGACUUCUUAGAUCGGGAUACGAAUUGUGCCAGAGCAUGUCGGAAGAGAGAAUUUGAUGAAAUCACUGCCGUAGUGAAAGCUACUUUGCACAUGGCCGUUAACGAGAGGCCACUGAAGCAUGAAUCGCUGAUGGAGUAUAUUUUUGGCCCUGUGGGAAGACGUCGACCAGGUCAGCCAUUGCCAAGACAUCCAACAUAUAGACACCCUGACAUGCGAGUCCAACCACAGUAUACACCUCCGUUUCUUCAACAGCAGCAGCCUUGGCAGCAGCAGCAGCAGCAGCUGGGAUGGGUAGGGCAGCCCCCGCCCAUGGAUGGAGGGAUGGGGGGGUUUGGCCCCGCAACAGGAUACAUGCCAGUUCACUCACCAAGGAUGGGGCCUUACCCAGGCGCUAACCAGAUGGGCAUGCCAGGGAAUGCAGGGUUUGAACCAAAGAGGAAGUGGGACGGCAGUAGUGGCUAUGGCAAGUGGAAGCGACGCCGUGCAAGCUUCUAAGGAAGGGGCAUCUGCACACCAGGACUCUCUGAACUGAAUCUGACCUCAAUUACGGCUGGAUGCAGUGAAAAAAAGGUCCUCAUGUGAGUAAGCCCCUCAAGUCGUGUGCAUCCCAGAACCCCCCCCAAGUCGUGUGCAUCCCAGAACUCCCCUCAGUCGUCUGAGCAACAAACAGCUUGGUCGCAGCAUGAGUGGUUGGUAGGUGUAGGGAAACUCCGCCAGCAGAGCGGAGCAGAAAGGUUGGUAUUGUGGUAUGGGUGAGAACUCCCCUCGAAGGAGAAAGUCCAUCACGCCAACACCUUCCUGGAUGUAUCUGACCAUGGAAGGGACAGAAUUCUGUUGAAGUAGGCCAAGUGCAAAUGUAUCUGAUAGUUGAGCAAUGCGACCGUCGCCGCAAGGUACGUUUAUGGAAGCGCAAUUGACUGGACCGAUCACUACAGUUGAUUGGUAUUGUGGCAUGGAAUGAAAUGAGCUUGGUGGUAUGGGAUCAAAGAGGAUCCACAACAUUGAUGUAAAUAUGAUGAGGCCAUUCAUUGCGUUGUUGCUUUCGUACUUGCUGAGCGAGUCCGCUUUGAGCUUGCCGUGCAGCGUUGCUCGUAUUCGCAAGAACCUCUCUCCUAAACACUCUGGCAGCUUCCAGAUCUGUGUGUGUGUGUGUGUGUGUGUGUGUGUGUGUGUGUGUGUGUGAGAGAGAGAGAGAGAGAGAGAGAGAGAGAGAGAGAGAGAGAGAGAGCUGAAGCUGAGUGGAUGGUGACAGAGAGGCAUGCAGAAUGCUGAAGGAGGUAGGUUUGUGGAUGGUGAAGGUGAGUGCAGAGAGAGAGAGAGAGAGAGAGAGAGAGAGGAGAGAGAGCUGAAGCUGAGUGGCUGGUGACAGAGAGGCGUGCAGAAUGCUGAAGGAGGUAGGUUGUUGUGGAGUGUGAAGGUGAGUGCGGAUGACCGGCACCGUUAGCCGUUUGUUGCCACUGCAUAGUCUCUAGUGACAUGUACCAAUAAGUAUGAUAAACCGCAGAACUGAUAUGGCACAUGUUUCUUCGACUCACAAGCAUGAGGUUGAGCGCAGAGCUACGAGGAGAUGAACUCGCAGGUAAACUAGAUGCGUUGGGUCUGAGGGCAUACUCACACUGAGACUAGAUAGAGAGAAUCUGGUGGGGAUUCCGAUUAGAUACACCGCAGAAUAUCCUAGAGUGAUUAGGGAUGUCGUGAGAUAAACUCCGCGAGAUAUGUCAUGUGGGUUUAAGCAAUGAAGAUGCCCGCCAAGAGGCCAUGAGGUGGGUGCAAGAUGGAGAUGGUGUCUGUCUCCUCGAUCAACUAAGAGUGAGAUGCGACAUCAGAGAAGGGCGCAGGUUUUGUGCAAAUGAAGCCGUUCAGUGAAACUGUACGCAUGUGCAGGUGAUGGUGAACGAGGGAGGACAUACUGAAAGCAGAGGUCAAGGUGACGAGAGAGCGAUGUGUUGCUUUUUUCAUUAUGCUGUUGCCCUCUGCUCAUCGCUCUCUCGUUACCUUGCUGGGGGGCUUGAGAAGCCCCCCCCAUGCACAACGCUUCCCAGAUUUGAUGAAUGUUUUUUCGCCAAUUUUCUGGUUUCCUUCACGUCUUUGUCCUUUUACUC